GCUUCUGGUGCUUAUGGUUUGUAUUAGUGCGCAACGUUGGGAUUAUCACAUGAGUCUGUUCUCGCGGCUAUUUCGCACUUGGUACUCUUCGAACCUCAUGGUUUCUUAGCAUAAAAUCAAUAAAAGUCGUCUGAAUCAACUUUUGGAUGCUUAUGCCAGGCGAAAAAAAGGUGGAAAACUGGGUCCAGGGUGGUAAACGUCAAAAAAUUGACGAACUUGACGAUAUUUUGGUGGAUAUUACGGGUUAUUCUUUCUCCCACUUGAGGACCACUUUUGUGUACACUGGGUUCGUUCUAACAUGCGGACUGUUGAGACUAGUUUUUCACUGGUUUCCUCACUGGAUGCUGAUGUGUAUGUAUAAUAAGUGUGCUUUGAUGGAGGCUGAGAAGAUUCUCGUUCAGGUAAUUAUCUUCAGUCCUUAAGGAUGCACGAUCCUGGGACUUAAGAUAUGAGACGUGGUUAAAUUUCUCUUGUAGGAUAUUUACGGUGUUUACUACAUACAUGAUGUGAUCGUUGACGUUAUUGAAGGAGUGAAUUAUACCAGGAGGUCUUACGUCCGUAAGCCUGUGUCAUUCAUGAAGUCACGAAUGAUGAGCCUUGAGAACGAUGGUAGGAUGAUGUGUUAUUUCAUUCACAAAUGUUUAAAGUACGUAUGGAAUGGCGAGACUCACCAUUUCGAGCUCAUUAGGUAAAGUUAAUUCUAACGUUAUCUCACGUUCGUUUCGUAUAACUUAUGUAUGGCUUACCGAUUUGUAUUAUCUAUUCACCCCAAUGACCAGACGUUUAGUUGUUAAAGCGCUUUUCCUUCGAAUAGUUCGUUGGUCUACACCCUGUUUCAUUUGGCACGAAUAACAGUGAGAUGGUGAAACCUCAUUCUUUGGGCUAGGUGGUUUACUUACCAGUCUUUUUUGUCUUGCUAGACAUCAAACGAGGUUUCAAAAGUAAUCGAGGCGUUCGAAUCUUCAAAUAAGUGAACAGUUGUCGGCAUUUGUUUUGUCAUGGUUUUCAUAUUUUUUGUAAUUGUUUCUUUUAACACGAGUCAUGAUUUUACUGUUGACUACAAUUUUCUCGGUUAAUUGAUGAAUUUCAAUUUCGACGUUUAUUAGUUGCCUGAUGACAUGAUAUGUCAAAAUUCCCUAAACUUCAUUUUUCUUCUGUUCAGGAUUUCGAAUUUCAUCUAUCGGAUCUGAAUCUUUAAUUGCCUGAGUACGUUUAUUUAAGCUAAAAUAUUUAGUAACUUGAAAGCCAGUUAGUGUUAAUAAAUGGGAAGACUGCUUUGUCAGGCGUAAUUCUCUUUACGUCUACAUUUUAAUUUUUAGGUAAUAUAUGGCGUUUCUUGUUAUUUUACGUUUUGACUUACACUAAUUCAAUCGGUUAUUUUAGGGUAUUUUUAAAAUUCUGUGGUUAGUCAUUCUUCCGAAUGAAUUGGCAGACUUAUGGUGUUUAUUAUUACUUAUCUGAUUGGUCAAACAAACAAUCCACAGCUUAGUUUUAUUAUGCAGGUUCCUAAUAUGUAUUUGGGAAGUUAGAUAGAGUUAAUUCGGUGAUUUAAUCGUUGAAUUGUACUUAGAUAGGAAUGUAACUGGACGAAUUUUUAGAACGUUUUUACGUCAAGAAGACAUUAACUUUGAAUUAUGCUAAUACAAGCAAGACGAUGUAUAUAACCGACUGAUUACAGGUCUUAUGUCAUGCCCUUUUUAUAUUAUCUCAGCGCUCUAGCCCAUUCAUGACUAACUUGUGGAGACAUAUUAAUAGAAAAACUUCUCACCUCUCAUUCUUAGAUGCUAAUGGAGUCGAUUAAUAGCGAUUAGACACUGAGCAACAAAUCUCACAUCUUGUCUAUUUCUAUUUAAAUUUGUUGUAGACAUUUUUUGAGGUAACACUCAUCUAACUUCUCAAAGGUUGAUCUCUUAUCAUGAAAUUGACUAAUUAACUUGUAGGUGACAUCGUUCCUUUUCGUGAUGACACUAAAUGCUAAGUCUUCUGAUCUCCUUAAGAAUCAUUACAAGUAUAAUAUUAGGUUCUCUCUCCAAAUACAAAAUAUUGCUUCAGGACAGUUCUGCAUCAACACGAGCUAAUGAUGGGAAGGGAAGUAGUAGAGCUUUUCAAUCACUAUGCUCAUCUUGGGAGUUUUAUCAACUCCGAUGGGUUGUUAUGAAGAAAUAUCGGCUUGGAUUCAGAAAGCCUGGUUGGCUUUUGCUAACUUGCAUCAUUUGUGGGCUAGGAGAGAUCUCUGUCUGCUAUACAAAUAGCGAGUAUACUUCUGCUCUGGAACUUAUUCUGAUAUUUUCACCUUGUUGUACGGAUAACGCAUGGGAACUCGAACCUAUUUACGUACGCGCCAGGUUUUGUAUUGUUUAAAAUUGACUAACGAUUUCAUAUCCAGCAUUCACAGAGAUGAUGCAUUCUUAUUCUCUCAAUCUUCAGUCCUCAUAGCCAGUACUAUUGCCUUGCUUCUCUUCCUCCAACAUUUGUUUUGUUUAUUUCAUUUCGUUGUUACAAUCUGGCAUGCCAAUUCGGACCAACCCACAUUUGUGUCAUCCAGUAAGUUGAGCAUAACCUACUGGAUCAUGAAAGUUAAAAAAGUGGGUCCUAAAAUGGCACACCAUGUGCUGCACAGAUUUUCAGCACCAUAAAUUUUUCAAAAAACGGCGCUAAUGCUCCAAACUCGAAACGCCGAAGAUUCCAUGUGACCGGCUUUACGACGUUUCCUCGUGCAAACUCAAGGUCGACAUGGUCAUAAGUAGUGGUUGUGUUUCUCAUUGAGAUGGGUGUGAGCAGCGGGGGAUUGUAAAUUACCGACAUUCGACUUCAUCCCGGUUAACGUCAAUCCCCUUUUCUAUUUUUCGGAUCCUCUUUUACUCACCAACUCUUCAUUUUCAUCAUAAUUUUCCUCCACAUGGUAAGGAUUCGAGCCUACAAGAUGUUGUCCGCUGUCUUUUAAAACUCCACUCCAAGCUAUGUGUUGAAACUUUCGGUUUCCAAACCAUGUAUCAUACUGCACAACAGACUUCAUUAGUUGUACUUACGAUACUUAUCAGCAGGUUACUAAGUACUUAUGAUAAUGGCUAGUGGAAAAAGUUAGAUUUACAUGUAGAAGAUACAUACGUUUCCGAUAGUUGUUUGUAUAUAGUAGGACGCUAACUGAGGAACGCUGGAGAUAAACAUAGAACACUUAGUAAAGUUAGUAGAAUCGUUUAGGUUGUGAACUUUUAUAAGCGUUGUUUGAGAGACGGUUCACGUGUCCCCAGCGAUUCCCUACCUCGUACACUAUUGACUGGUAAAGCAGUGGUUUCGAACGAGGCUACGGGCCACUCCAAAAACUACGACAUUGGUCCGGAUCUUGUCGGGAGUUUUAGGCUUCUCUAUCUGGGUCCGUGUGAGAAUAGUAAUCUCUGGUCAAACAGCAUUUGGUUAGGAGUCGGUCUCAACUGAAUAUACAUUCUUUCCUUAUCUUGAUAGAAAUACCUUGAAUUGCCUAGCUUUUGUCAGUAAAUGUUGAAUUCUCUCAUGUUACGGUAACCACAACGAAAUUUCCUCUAAUUUGUAUUUCUACACGAUCAUUGUUGUUCUCUAACAAAUUGCUACCACUCUAAGUUCACUUUCUUGCCUUAAGGUCAUGUUUUGUUGUUAUAUUCAUCACACUGUUCCAAUUUAGAUUUGAAUUCGUUAAAUGCCAGGCAUUAUCUUCACUCAUGUGUUCUUUCUAGGUUUCCUCGUUUGAGGAUAAUUGUCGAGGCGUUAUCGGUCGUACUGUCAAGUUCUCAUUAGUUCCCGUUCAUAAUAGAAUAGUCUAUCGUUCGUACUUGGAAAUUUCCGUAGCCCCGAUUGUAAACAGAAGCAUCUUCAUGUAGAUCUCUUAGAUAAAAUAAUACAAACUGACUCAUUCACUAGGUAUUUGGAUAUGAGGCACAUUCUAGAUGGGAGGACUAAUGAUAAUAUCCGGGUAACAAAACCCCAAGUAAUUGUGAAUUGUGGCAUCCUAAAUCGAUGCACAUGUAAGGUAAUUCCUAUGUUUUUUUAGUUUAUUUAACUUUCAGUUUUUCAAUUUUAAAUAGUGAACAUUUCUUAGUGAAAUGUUUAGUUCCUACAUGAGCUUUUGGAAAAUAUCGUCAUUUAUUGGGUCUUAACCAAGUACUCCUUGUGGUUUCAUUUCAGAAGAUACUUCACUGCCUAGUAUUAGCCCACUUACUCAUUUUAUCACAUAAUUUUCUGUCACGUGUUGAACAUUAUGGCAGUUGUUGACAACUCCUUACACUUCGUUUUGAACAGUCACAAUUGUGCAUAAGGACGAAAUUUAGUCCCUGGAAAUUUAACCUUUAAAUUCGACUUACCUCUGUUAACUCUUCAUAGGUACUGGCAUAGAAAGAAGCUAGUAGGGAUAAUCUAAUGUAUAAACACAGUGUAAAAGUUGUCAAAGUAUUUUCUGCUAUAUUGGGUUUAUUAGGUGCAAUGGAAUUUGAAAAGAAUAUUUUGUCUCUUUCGAAUUUUAGGGGCUGGCAUGAAACUACAUAUGAAGAAAUUCUGGACUCUAAGCCUUUGAAUAACGAAACAGUCCUUAUGAAUCGUGCGUUGUAUGGAAUGAAUGAAAUAAGUAUCAAUCUUACUUCAAUUGUCAGGCUACUACUUGAUGAGUGCUUGAAUCCAUUCUACUGUUUCCAAAUAUUCAGUUGUAUUUUGUGGUAUUCUGAUGAGUACUGGAUGUACGCUACUUGUAUUGUUGUUAUUUCAAUUAUGUCACUAUCAUGGCAGGUUUAUGAACUACGUAGAGUAAGUAACUACUUUCUUAUUCUAACGGUUUUUGAUAAGUGAUGGUCUUGUUUUGAUGUACUGGUCCAAUGAUUUACAGAAUGCUUUGAUUAUCAGGACGUUACUUGUUCACCGAUCUUAUCUACUAUAGUUUAGAUAGAAAAGCAGUAUCAUUAAAUUAUUUAAUAAGUGUGGUUUGGGGCUGAGCAUUUCGAUUUUUCUUACUUAUUGGGAAGUUUCGGCUGUUUGUUUGCAUGAUUUAAUUGUCAAAGGAACGUAAAAUAAUGAUGGAUUGAUAAUGUCAAGCGGUGCGAAUGAGAUAGCUAGUCAGCUGCUUUGUUAUCUCCAUUUAAAUUUUCAAUUAACGUGCAGUCGAAAAGAAAGAACAGCUGAUUAGUAGUAGUAUAACCUAUCCACAUGAAAUGAUAUCUGAGAGUCAGUAAGUGUCGAGUGAGUCAAAAACGUUAGGCAUCGAUCUAUGUUAGGUUUGUUAUUAUAGUUUUAUACUUGCCUAAUGAAUGUAAGUUUGAUUUAAUCUCAGCAGUUGUACUAAUUCGUAAAUGAGGUCGUCAAUCCUUACCAUUCCUUUCAUUUUGUAUUUAUUCAAGGGCUAAACUGCGCCACAUAUUAAACUGUGUAUAUGUUUGACGAUUUGUUCGUGGUGUUUUUCUAACUAGAUUAAAUGAGUUGCUUUACAAAGUGAUAAAUUAAUUCAUAACGGUUUCGCCAUAAGAUUCUGAUAAAAGUGAUGAGGAUAGCUUGAUCCUAAUUAUUCGGAUAACAUGGCAUGUUGUUUCAUGGGGUGAUUUUAACUUUUAUCUUUCAGCGUGUGAAUCUGAAAAACACUGAAAUGUUCUAAUUCAAAGCAAGACCAUUUAUAGGACAGGACGUAUGUGUUUAUAGUAACUAUCAAAUAACAGUUUCUUCCUUCGUUUCCUUAGAUCCAGUGAAUUUUCUUAGUCAGUAUCGUGUGACAAAUCCACACAUGGCACCAUUGAAUCGUGAAUUAAUAGAACGUUGUAUAAUUCCUCAGUGAAAAUUUUGUAUUUGAAUGUUUUGAAUCAAUGCUAAUAAUGCUGUAUUUGCAUACUUGCGUUUCCCCAUUUGUAACAAAACGCUUUUUUUGUAGAACGAAAAGACUCUUAAAGAAACUAUGUGUAUAUCCUCUUCUGUAAUCGUUUAUCGAGAGGAAGAUGGGGUUAAAGGUAUGCACAUAUUUUAUUCCUCUGUAAUCCUUUUCAUGACUUGUAUAAUGACUGCACUUGGAUUCCAUUCGUUUGGUUGUUGCGAUCCAUGAUUUCUGAUUGCUAACAUUAUUGUGCAGUAGCCGAAUAUAAGUCAACAAGAAAAUAAGACAGAAACGAAGGGUGUUAAUCUAUUUUAGAUUGGUAAGAUAAAUCUUGUUUGGAUUUGAACUGUUGUGGCAGAUUCUGAAUCAUACCAUUUAACCUCCCAAAUCUCAUUGUACUAGUCCCAAGUAUUCAAUUUAAGGGAGUUUUUUUUAGCUCUCUACCGUCAAUUGUGUAUAAUGGUUGUUGUAAGAGACGACUUAACUGUGAGGUGAAAACGUUUGGAGCUAUUUUUCAAUGAUUUUACUUGUAUUUAUUUACUCCAUGUUUAUUCAGUAUUAUGGUUUUAUUAUUCUCGUAUUUCCUAGUUCGAAGCUUUUAUUUGAAUCAUGGAUCCUUGCCAUAGCAUUUUUUACUCAUAAACUAGACCGAUUAUUUGUGUAUCAAAUACUCCGUUUUUCCUAUCAUUAAUGUCGUUGCUCCGCGCUAAUACAUAUUGCAAAAUUAGGUUAAUACAUGGGAUUUAAAUAUAGUGUAACUCAACUCAGAUUUCUUAAUAAGUUGUGGUUGGUAAACUCGUUUACUAAAGUGAGAUUUCCUAGACAAUUUCUACCCACCUUCAAAGCAACUUAUUUCUAGUUCCAUGAGUAGUGCUACAAGAAUAUAUACAGUCACAGAUUCGUAAUACUUGCGUGUCACUAUUAACAGUAGUUUUAGAUUUUUAGUAUAUAGUAUGGAGAAGGCGGGAUUAUACUUACCCUUUAAUGUAAUUAGGUACCUAACGGAUCUUAAAAGUUACAUAAAUCUGGCAAAUGGUCAAUGAUGACUAAUCUGUCAAAGCUGUUGUGGUUUCUAAAGUAAAUGCAAUGGUCGAUAUGCUUAACUUUUUCAUUCCUUAUUGUUAAUGUUGGUAUUAAGAAAAAUGAGUUUUGGAAUGUCUUACGCUUGGAAAGUGAGGAAUACAUACCGAAGGUUUCCAACUAACUCAUUUAAAAGUUUCCUUUUUGUCAGUUCAUUUAUGUAGUAGAAGUGUAUCAGAGGUUAAUCAACUAGGAGUAGGAACUGACUAGGAAUACUUGCACCAUUAUAUUUACAACAGGUCAAACAAGGAUAAUGAUAAGAUGUGCUUGUACUCGAUGUGACAUUCUGACUGUCAAUGUUCGUAAAUUUGAAUUAUUAGCAUUAUCAAUGAGAUUUUUAUCUAUUUUUCACGUAAGGUAAUCAAGAACUUACUCAAUUUUUGUUAAUGAUUUUAAAUCUUUAUUAGUAACGGUAACCGGGAAUACGUUAUUUAAAUCAAAUCCUUUGCAUGACCUUUGUUUUUCUCUGAUUCGUUACCACUACUUUGAGUUCCAUAAUUUUAUGUGUGCUUCAACUUUAUGCUUUCCUUACUACUUACACUGGUGUUCCAGCCAGAAACAACUGAUGAAGCUUUCUGGUGGAUGUACUGGUCCUUCUGUAAAGGAUUCCGUUUUUGGGGGCUCACAAACCCACCGCGUGAAUGUGAUUUAGUGGGGACCGCCACCCAACGGGUCUUUGCAUGCAUGAUGGUAUCGCACCAACAAAAAAAAACAAGUAAAGAAGUGUGCGAUUUAACUUGCCCUGAAUAUGUUUAGUCUACUUGCAUACUAGUUAACACAUGGACUUCCAACGGUUUAUCACAGCAUACAUGCGGAUAUACAUUCCACGUGAGCAAAUAUACGUUGCAUGCACACCGGUAACAGGUUUUACCCCAUGCAUCCCAUAGCAUGCACAAGUAUAUUUGCCCACCUGGGAAGCUAGAUGUUCACCGCUUCCAAAGAAGACGUAUUUACUACACCAAACUGAAUUACAUAUUAUAUGCACAUCAUUCACACCUUGACUACCGCCCGAUUAUAUCUUGACAAACACAUAAGCAUAAGCACUCUAUCAGGGGAGGUUGUUGGUUUCCUCACCCUAGUAUUUGCUAACGUCUAUUUUUAUUAUAUCUUCUACCUGAUAGCUAGGCCGUUGAUUUUACUAAACAGGGCAGACAUUUUCGCAGCUCAACGUUUCCUUUGUACGACACCUUAUGCGUACCUUUUGCAUAUACCUAUAUACUUGAACUAUAUAGGUCCAAGAACUUCUGCAAUUCUCAUACAUAAGCAUACACAUCGUGUAGCCCGUUUGCUAAAGUGAGCCUAGAGUAUAGAACCGAGGAUUGAUCAGAUACAACAGAGUGAGUUAUCUGCCCGAUCUCUGUGACCGCCUAAGUUGGCUAGCGGGGCUGCCCCCACCGUCCAGCAGCUCCAUCAGGAGGCCUUAGGUCGGAUUUUGCUGUCGCUAUUUACACUGAGUCGUACUAUUUCUGUUUGUUCCUCUCGAAUAUCAAAUUUUCCCCACACUUCAUCUUUUUAUGUUAGUGGCUAGUUGUUGAAGUGUUAUAUGUCAGCUGUGUUUAGUGGGUCCACAACAGAACUGUUCAUAUUCGAGAGUACCCUAAUCGUUUCUUAAUCCAAAAGUAUUGUAGACCAACCGGAAACGUCAGAAAUUAAUCAUUAUUAUCAAAAUUUAACAUAGAAAAAGAGCAUUACUUAUUUGUGUAGAAUUGGAAAGUAUAUUUUGUUGUGUAAUAAGAGCAAAGCGACUUCCCUCAUUGUUAAAUGUCCUCUUUGCCUAACCAUAAUACAGUCAUUUGAAUAAUGCGUAGUUUGAAGAUACACAUUAUCUAGUAGUAUGACCUUAUACGAUGAACUCAGUCAUGGGAUUUGUGAUAUCUCUAUUUCACGAUUUAGCAAAACUUAAUUAAUUGUUUAGCAAAGAUGGAUAGUGGCUAGCAAUGUAAUCCAGGAUGCGCUUUUCAUCCUAUUUGGGACUCUGUAGCUGGGUUCUAGUCCUGUAGUGAACAUCAAAUCUGGGAUACAGUUGCAUCCGGCUGAAGUGUCCAAAAUAGGACGAAACGCGCGUAUGGAUUCCGCUGCUAGCCACUAUCCGUCUUUGCUCGUGUGGCGUAUAUAUAUUUGGUGCGCUCUUGUACCAAUAUUUAUGUGACUUAAGGCAAUAUCGAGACAAUCCUCUCAGGAUGCACGUAUGACAAUAAGAAACUGAUCAAUUGCAAUGUUAAACAUCAAUGGGGAGUUUCAAACAAACAAUAGAAAAAUGAAAUAUUGAUUGUAUAGUUUCGAUAAACCGUUCUUUUAAUCCCUCAAAAUGGUUAUUUUAAUUCCCUUAACAGUAGAUAUUCAGACAUAAUAAUCCAUUUGUUUAUUAAUAUUUGAGAAGGAAUGUCUCAUAAAUAAUUAUUUUCACAGAAUUCAAAGAAGUGGAUUCCAUUUCAUUAGUUCCCGGUGAUAUAAUUGAAAUUCCACAAAACGGGUGUCUGGUUCAAUGUGAUGCCAUCUUACUAGCAGGAAACUGCAUAGUAAAUGAAAGUACAUUGACCGGUGAAAGUGUUCCAGUUACCAAAAUUCCCUUACCCGAUUCACCAUCAAAGGGUACGUUAUUCGAUAUCAAAGUUCAUGGUCGGCAUAUUUUAUUUGCUGGUACUACUGUUAUUCAAACAAGAAAUUAUGCAGAUGAGCGAGUUCUGGCUGUUGUUGCACGCACUGGCUUUUACACUGUCAAGGGUGAGCUUGUACGGUCAAUUCUGUUUCCGAAACCUCUAAAAUUCAAAUUCACUCAAGAUUCCUUCCGGUUUAUUUUUGCUUUGUCUAUUCUUGCUGUGAUUGGUUUGGGAGUUUCAAUCUACUUAAUGGUAAGUAGGGAUGUUUUUAUGCAGAAUGUGUAGUUGUUUUCACCUGUCAUUUGGUUACUGAUGCUUUUCCACCAUUCAUUCCUUAUCUCGUCCACCUUUUCAAUACAAUUUGCUCAGUUGGGGAUUUAAUUUCUGAUUUAAAUAUAUUUUCUAUUGGAUUGUGUAAAGUUUAACAUAUUGUGUAUUGACUAUGGUAGCCAUGUAAUUAAAUCGCUUCUACGACACUAUCCUUUGGAUAACGUGGAUAACCUAUUAUAAUAAAGUCUCUAGUUUUAUUGAUUAUAUAUUAAGAUGAUAAAGUCCUGUUUGGUGAAUAUGGUGGUGAAAUUCGAAGUCAUCUGACAUUGUGUCUUUUUACCACUUCUACGUGGUAGGCCUCAAUUUGGCUUUUUUUCUUUGUUUUGUCGUUUGAUAAUACCUAUGAUGACCUUAAAUCAAUACUUCCCCCAUUGACGUUGGCUAUUUCCUGAUUGGAUACUCCUUCUUUUUAUGUUAUCUUGUUUUGCACAUCUUAUGGUACUCAAUCUACUACAAAGAACUUAUUUGUGUAGUUCUUUUUUCCUUCCUUGGACACUCGCUUUCAAAAGAUCUAAUUCUCUCCUCUUAUUACCUGCUUUGCAUUCAAAUGCGGUUGAAGCAUUUUUGUCACACAGCAGCUGUAAAUAUUAGUUACGUGUAAUAACGAAUAAUUGGAUUCCAUGUUUUAGGUGUCGUACUUUUAUGUUCUUUAAAAGAUUCCAAAUGGUUAUCACAGUAUUUUUGAAAAGAUCUGGUCAAUUUCACCCAAAGGGUACUAAGAGAUCAUGAUUUAAGAUCUGGAUGAAUAAAGUCCUUCUGUUGACAAGCAUUUUUAUAUCACAAAUGUUCUUGUCACUCAUUGUAUCCAAAAUGAUUUAAUAUAACUGUGGGUUUACUUGGGAUAAAGUACGAAUGAACAAAAUUCCCACGAAUUAGCGUUGGAAUAAAAUGUACUUCAGAUAAAGUACACUUAUUGUGUACUUCUUCCACAUCGUGUCAUCACUGUAAGAUUGGACAGUGAACUUUGUUUUAUGAAUUUUAAGAGAUUUUAGUGUUGCUCACAGGCGGCUUUUACUAAUAUAGGUCCCUAUUAGGUGAAUUCUAUCUGAAUUUGAAUUUCGUUCACUCGUGUCCAUUUUAUAAGCCCAUCAACGUAUUGCGUUGUUUUUGAACCAUCUUAUCCUACUGUUUUAUACAUGCGAAUUCUGAAAAUAAUGUUUGUCAGAAAUGAUAGGAACAGCUAAAAAUGACAACGAAUGAUGUUUAUUGUAAUCUUAUUGAUAAGUCUUCUAACUGAACACCAGAUUCAGUUCCUAAGCUCUUCUAGUAACCCCCAGGUUAAAUCUACACAGCAACUUGAACACGGGAGAAAAGGGGUGAAUUCUGGAAGAUUCACUUUACUCCAAAGAUUCGUUUUAUGUUCAGAAAAUCUAGUGUUUUUAUAGUAUUUCAGAUGGCCUUGGGUUUCCGGCAAAUUAUGGGACGCUACUAAACAUAGUAGCAGUAUAGGUAAUCAUCCAAUCAGAAAUUCGACAUGUGACUUUUCACUUUACAGAUGUUUCUGGCGAAACUUUUAAUGAACACCUAUUGGUUAAGAUGCUUCUCAGUGUUUUCAGUCUUUUUUUUUGCCUUUUUUUCGAGGUUUUCUGGAUCUCUCUAACACUUAUGUGCAGGAAUGGAUGUCUACAUGCUCACCAUCUGAUCAAAAUCAGCCUUCAAAUCAGUCAUUCAGGAACAACGUAGAACUUUGUACGUACGUACGUACAUCAAUUCGAGUUGCCAUAUCACAUUAGCACAGAAAUACAAUUGUUGAUUCAAAUUCCGUAGUGGUAGAGGUAGUAAAAGUAUAAGCAGUAAUCGGAAAGAUUAGGGUUUGAAGAUGUUAUACAAGGAGUAUAAUCUAGUGAAAUAAAUUUGGAAUGAGAAAAAAAAGGAAACAUGAAUUCAGAAGAUUAGAAUUCUGGAGAACACAAAGAGUGGAUGUACCUGCGCCAUUGCAAACGAUUUUGAGCCAUGUCAUUCAAGGUCUCUAACUAUCGGUUGCUAUCGCUUUGAAAUGGAUUUUAUUAAUUGUUUUUACUGGAUACUUUUAACCCUUUACUUUCAAAUUUACUUCAAACAAUAUAUGGGUGGCACGUAUUUUCAGUUUAGUUCUGAUUAUUACCCAAUUUGAUGUCUCCACUAUUACUCGCGUAUUAGACACUAUAAAAUGUAACUGAAUAUAAUGUGUUUAUUAUGAAUUUUUUUCAAAUGAUUGAAAUUGUUGUUUUAGAUCAGAGUUAAUGUUGGUGUUGGUGACAUUAUCCGUCGAGCGUUAGAUUUAGUUACUGUAGUGGUACCACCAGCCUUACCUGUUGUAAUGACAGUAGGAGUUGUUCUAGCUCAACGACGUUUGCUAUCGCAUGGGAUUUUUUGUGUCAAUCCAACCGUGAUCAAUGUCUGUGGAGUAAUCAAUGUAGCUUGUUUUGAUAAAGUAAGACUUUUCUCGCUGCUUUCAGCUUAUUAUUUCUGACCUGCCUUUCUAGAGUUUAAUAUGAGUGACUAUUUUGACCGUUUGUAUGUACCUUUAAGAAUGAAUCCAUUUAAGUUUGUGAAUCCCCUUAUGAUAAAGGGUUUGUUGGAUUGGAAUGCCUCCAAAUGCCCUGGUGAGGCCGAGGGCGAAGAGAGUCACCACUCCCUCUCGAAAUGCUCCCAAGUGGCCAUGUGCAUACAACCACCACCAGGGAAGUCCUACUCACUGCCUUCUCGCGGCGCGGGUGCUGUUUACGAAAUUGAGAGGACGAAAAGCAAAUGUCCGGAGCCUUAACUUGGUUGGUGGACACUGAGAGUCUAUCUAGAGGACUUAGAAAACCCUGAUCCCAAACCAAUGGUGCACAUGGGCUAAAGUAUCCUGAUGGAACGAAUGGCGUAUGAGCCGGUGGUUGGCCACCGGCUACCAUGGGACUGCAUCUUUUGACGUUGCUCCACUACCUUGUGGAUUAGACCUUUAGGUCAAAGACUCGGGAUGUGCCCCCUCAAGAAAACCACCUGCACCCGGGCUGUAUCCCGCCCCCACACGCAAAUCAAAUGAUGAUUUGUGGCGCAUAUCUGUUUGGUGCCUCCUUGUACCAAUGUUUAUAUGUUUAAAUAAAUAAAUAGAUUGGAAACCACGAAGUGAAUUUCGAUUCAAUUGUCUCCGGGGUCUUGAAUUAUGACCAGUUAAGCUAAAUCUGUCUCAUCGGUUAGAAAGUAUUAGUACUACACAUAAAUAAGAUUUUAUUUCCUACCAAGCUUGGGAGUUUUGUUAUUUCACUUUUAUUGUACGAAUUCCCCAAUUAUUUUCGAAUCGUAUUGUGUAUACCUAAUAUUUUUUACUACCACUUCGGUAUUCACCUUGAUAAUUUAAUCUUUCUGUGUCGUUGUGGUGUGUAAAGUUGGGCCGAUUCAUAUUUGUGCUUGAUGUGCUACAUUGCUUAUGGUUGACUAUUUAAUGUAGUUAUCUUAAUGUCGUCAGCUAAAUAAAUUUUCUCCAAAUAACGAAAUUCAGACUUUUCUGGUAGGCUACUGAUUACGGAUGUUACUGAUGGCAGAUGAUGUUAUUUGGUUUUAUGGGUCGGAGAUAAGGGGGAGUGAUGUAAAAGGUAUAAGUCAGUAAAUCACAGUUUACUAUCAAUAUGAUUGUGUCGUAACUGUACUCCUUGUAAACACCAAUACUGUUCAUAUACUGUAAACAAGUUGUUCAGCUAGAAUUUCAAACUAUUGUGUUACAGGUUGAAACUCUGUGUGGCAUAGCACAGUCUACUAGUAUUUUUUAGUUGUCAUAGAACUAGUUUACUCUGAAGUCUAAUGUUUUUCUGAAAGAUUUUUCUAUAUAUCACUAGUAGUUUGACUGAGUGUUCUUGUAAUUGGCAAACUAAUAGGUAAAAUUGAUAAUGUUCACUUAAUGAGUUACACAGCUAACUUGACCAAAAAUGAUUUCAAUUUGAUAUACAUAGUUCCCUUUAUAAUCUUAAAGAGAGCAAGAACGAAGGUUGGUUCAGAAUAAUAUGAAUUCAUUUUAUUUUGUUAGAUUCUCAUCUUCUGUUUACAACCUAUAAUAUUUUAAAAUCGGAGUUAAUACAGAUAUUGAUGUACUCAUAAAUACGAAGGUGAUUCGAAAUGAAUCCAUUUGACCUUAGACUUUUCGGAAUAUGUUCUUUGAAUCGGACGUAGACUCUACUAAUCUACCAAUGUAACUGCCUUGUAAACGCACGUAAAUAUGUAUACACAGUUAGUGAUAACAUGAAAGGGAUACCUAUCGACCUUUGAUUGUGUUGAAAAACAUGUUUCUUUGGACAGGACAAUCAGUCCAGCUGCAGCAUAAGUAUUUGUCAAUGCAGUUUGUAGUUUCAUAUUGAUUGACCCUGUGACAUCAACACUUUUGAUAUCAAGUUGAAUAAAAAUAGGUUUUUCAUUUACUGUAGUUUCUUGGAGUUUUUUAUCUCUACAUUUUGCAUAUUUCUCAAUUAUUUCAAUGCUCAUCGAUAAUAAUUAUCUAAUGUUUCAAUGGAAAGUAUGAAAUCAGAAGCCAUGCAAAUUAUUAAAAAUAUAUCCACAUGAUUAUAUAUAUAUAUAUAUUUCUUCAGUGUUUUUUCCAGUCUAAUUUUUUCAUUCAUCUUAAUGAUGAUGUUCUUUUAUGUAUUCUUAGGUUGUUCUAUCCUUUAUUUUGUAACGUAAUUAUUAGUUAUUCUGUCCUAUUUCUACUGUACCGUUCUGCUCUAGACGUUUUUCUCACAUCGGACUCUGGAUAGAUUGUAAGUGACACAGUACAAAUUAGACACUCGUGUUUUCUUUUUCUUUCAGACGCCUCAAAAAUCUUUCAUGCUUAAUUAUUCUGUGUAUUUCGCCGCUUACUUAUUCCCUAUUUCUUUAUUUUCCAUUUAUCUCCAAGAUACGACUACCAAUUCAACACUAUGAUCUUGUUAUAUUACCUUAUUUUAACUAACUAUCUUGAAAUAUAGUUUUUUUUACUUAACUCAUUUUAAUCCUAAUACAUGUAUCAAGCUGCAUACUAGAGCAUAAUUUCAGUAGUAUCUUUGAACUUUCUAAUGUGUAUAAAUGAGUAGUUACUACCUGAGUGUGCCAUUAGUUGUUAAUUAUCUAACCUAUCAGUAUGGGGUUGUAGGGGUUGUUGAAUUUCAUUGAAAUCAUUAACGGAUCUAAGUUAGACACUAUUCAAAACCUGGAAGCACUAGAUGGCCAUUUCGUUCCACUAUGGUACUCCUCAUCAGUGCCUUUCCACAACAAAAUGGUCGUCCAGUGCUUUCAUUCUUUCAGUGGUGGUCUAACUAGGUUGGACUUGUGAUUUCGAUGAAACCAACUAAGCUAUUCAAUGUUGAUUUUAACUUUGUUUUGUCUUGAGUUUGCUUUUCUUUUAAAUAUGCUUUUUAAUAACAUAUGCUAGCUUUUUGUGUCAUAUUACGUAAAGUGUUAUGUAAGGGUUGUUAGCUAUAUCAGCUACCAUGACAAUCACAUUCAAUUAGCUAGAUUGAUCAGAAUCUUGGUGUUUAUAAUGUGAACACAAAAUGAGAAAAAUUAAGGACAAUUUUUUGGUAAAUGACUAAAAUGAACUCAACUAUAUAUGUCUAUUAUUAACCAAACUUAAACUUUCAAAUCGAUUAUCAGAUUAUCUUAAUCGUUUCAUUAACGGGGUGCACUGUCCAAUUGUACUUCACAAAUGAAAAUCAUCAGCAUCUGAAAAACUUCAUCUACUAACAAACUAAAAAAUAAUGAUCAGUUGAAUCACCUCUUCACAUUACCGAAACGACUAAGCUCCGGUUCACAAAAAAAUACUCAUGAAAAUGUGCUAAAGUGAAUUGGAUAAUUAUUGGAAAAGAUAGAAAAUGGAAAUUAACCCUAGUUUAAUAAAAAAAUUCAAGAAUUCAUCUCUGUUUCUAAUGUUUGUGACUUGAUAACAGUGUCGAGGUAAUCUGCGCAUAUACGAUAAGUGGCUGAACAAUUACAAUCCUAAGCGUCAAUGCGAAGAUUCAAACAACCAAUACAAGGUGAAUUCAACUUCACCUCAUUGCACAAGCCCGUGGUUAUUAGGACUCGGCAGCUAAGUGGAUAAUGCAAAGGCGCUUGAAGCGAACGGUACUGGGUUCGAGUCGCGAAAUGUACAUCAACUCUGGGAUACAGGUACAUCCAUCUGACGAGUCCCGAAUAGGACAAAGCGUGUGCCCUGAAUUUCACUGCCAGCUACCAUCCAUCUCUGCUUAUCAAGAAUAAACGUACAUGUAUUAUUGAUUUUGCUUUUUAAAAAAACCUAGAUAAACACUGCGAACAUCGUGUUCUUGCCUACCUGCUGUGUUUAGCUUUGAUAAUCAUACCGCCUUUACUAACCUUUCCCAUACUUCUCAUCAUAAAUUUGCUCAAAAUACGAAAUGUUGUUUUUCUCUAUAUUUCAUUUUCGUUUUAUUGAGCAAAUAUAGGCUAUUCCGUAAUUGAAACAGAUACAAAGUCUGAUUCAAUAGUGAUCAGCCAUAUAUAAUCCUCACUUAAGAAAACCUCAUCUGUGGAUUUAGAUGUUUUUCUUGUUUUUAGCAGCAGUAUUAAAGUAGACAGAGUUAAUCUGAAUAGGACUGAACGAAACCUAAAUAAGUUUUGUGAAGUUCAUAUGGUAGUAUUUCUUCAUUCUUCGAUAUUGCCAACUAGCGUUUUGACCUGUAUUAAACUAUAUAGACUACCACACAUGUAGUUGUUAUCCACUCAAAUCAAAAUAAUCUGUAGUGUUGCAUUCACAUACACCUUAUCCUGUUAGAUAUUUAUAAGAAAAUACAUAAUUUCUGCGGACUAUUUCAAUAUCCUUUUUUACUUUAAUAGUUGAGAUCAUGAGUCAAUUGCAGCUAGACCACCAUGGAUACCUGGAAGCACUGGAUAGCCUAUUGUGGGACUGCUCAGCAGUGAGCAUCCAAGAUCCCGCCUCGCGAGAUGCAAACUCAGGACCCUUCGGUCACUGGUACUAAUGCUUAACCUCUAGACCACUGAGUCGGCAUCCAACGAUGUUAAUGUCUAACUUCAACUGAUCCAUGAACUUAAGCGACACAUCCACCCUGGUCUUCAGUGAGUUACUGUCUCACAACAGGCCCGGUUGAAUUGAAUAAUUUCAUAUCAUGAUUUUAACAAUUAAAGUGUGUCGACAAAUUUAUACCCGUUACUGCCGAUAGUAAACAAAGUCAAGUAAUUUGAUAUUAAUCCAGUUACCCUAGGUCUUGGGGAUUAAGUAAUUAUAUAUAUCUUGGAUAUUUUUUGUGGUAAGGUGAAUUAUUUGAUGAGUUGUACAUCGUAUAAAUAAAAUAGUUGAAUAGUUACUUCUGUGUGCUUCAUAAUGGACUGAAAAUCUACCAAUUUUCUAAGUUUCCAGUGUAUUGAAUAUUCAAAUUAUUGGGUGGCCAAUAGUACAAACUGUGUAUUGAUUCCAACAAUAUUCAUUUUCUUCCACACUUUUGUUUAUAGAUGAGCGGAUAACGUGUAAAUUAAAACAAGUUCCAUUCGCUUAGUUCAUUACUCAGACCUUCUGAUUGUUUCUCGUAUGAUAUCUUUGAGUGAAUGUAAAAUUAUGGUGAAUUCACUGUCAUGGACAGUUAAAAAUCAACGAAAUUGAAUAAUUUCAUAUCAUGAUUUUAACAAUCAAAGUGUGUCGACAAAUUUAUACCCGUUACUGCCGAUAGUAAACAAAGUCAAGUAAUUUGAUAUUAAUCCAGUUACCCUAGGUCUUGGGGAUUAAGUAAUUAUAUAUAUCUUGAAUAUUUUUUGUGGCUUAGUGUUUCGUGAAAACAAUUCAUCUACUCAUUUUGCAUAUUAUCAUUAGUGUUUUGUAAGUUGUUUUCAUGUUGCUUACUAAUAAUGAUUGUGUUUGUCUUUGGAAUUUCGGAUUGGAUCAGAAUAAUGAUUGAUUUUCUACUUAUCUCUGUUACAUGUUGGAUACCGUGUUAUUCCUUUAGAUGUUACAAGCUAAUGUGAUUUUUCUCGAUUGUGUUUGUUGGUAAACCUCAGUAGUUCCUCGGAAACUCCCUUAAAAGCUGGUAAACGUCUCAACACACUUUGUCCUUCCGACGUUCAAUAGAAACUUUCGCGAGGAUUCCAGAACACGAUUUGUGAUGUGUUUUAUCCUGCCUAAAUAAUUACUGAUUAUGUCACCACAUUAAGCUAAACAUGUUUUGAGAACGUCAAGGUCAUCCAUAAACCUGAAGAUACAUGAAUUUUCUGUACCUGGACCAACCUUGAAACUAGAGGUUCUUUUGAUACUUUCCGACUGUUGUUUUGUGUUUGGUGUUCAAGUGUAAGAAAAUCUUGUGGAGUGGGUAGUGGUUAGAAAGUCAGUAUGAAGUAUUAAGUUAUUCAGAAAUAGGCUUUGAGAUCUAAAUGAACUAUACAUCUUUUCCGUUUUUUCAUGAUUUUUAAUAGACGGGCACUUUAACGGAAGAUGGUUUGGAUAUGUGGGGUAUCAUUCCUUAUGAAGAUGGUUUAUUUGGAGAUCCGGAAUUAGAACCAUCAGAGUUGGAUAAUGGUCCUCUAAUGGAAUGUUUAGCGACUUGUCACUCAUUGACAUUGAUUGAAGGAGUUCUGUGUGGAGAUCCUCUGGACUUAAAGAUGUUCCAGUCAACUAAAUGGGAACUCAUUGAAGAAGCUGCUGAUCACUGUAAAUUUGAAAUGGCUGUCCCUGCUAUCGUACGUCCAUCCAGUAAAACCAGUUUGACGGAAAAGACUUCUGAAAAAUUCAAUGGUGAUGAUAUUCCAUAUGAAGUGGGUAUUUUACGUCAAUUUCCAUUCAGUUCUUCAUUACAACGUAUGUCUGUGAUUACUCGUGCUCUCAAUCAAAAUCAUUUCAAUAUCUAUACUAAAGGUGCACCUGAAACUAUUGAAUUAUUGUGCAGAUGUGAUACUAGUAAGUAAAAUGUGAAUAUUGUCAAGAAUUAUUUUUUAAAAUGUUAAUCCAACUGGUCAGUCAUAUUCAACGUUAAACCUAACACAAACAUAUAUCAACACAAUUUCCGACACCAUUUUAACACUCUGAGACGAAAUGAUAAAUAUGUAUACCAAAGUGGUAUUAACAUUAUGUACAGUAAGAUGAUUUGGCGUGUACAAUCUUGUUCAAGAAAGUUUCUUGAAUUCGUGUGACAAAAUGUAUUUAAUCCUUUUAAAAGUGAAGAUGUUGACAGCCGCUGGUUAUACUAUCCAACAUCUUACAUCGAAGUAGUGAGUUGUUGGACAGCUUAAGAUAGGUUAUAAAUAUCUUACGUGAUGAAAGUUCACACUUUCAUCAACUAAUUUGUUAUCUCGUUGGUUACCUAGUACGUAACUAUUGCAUCGUUCACUCGCUUCCUGAGCUCUUCUAGUAACUUCCAUGCUAAAUCUACACACCGACUUGAACACAAGAGAAAUUGCGCCAAAUUUGGGAAGAACGCUUUACUCCAAGGUUCCUUUUAUUACUCCAAAUCUAGUGGAUUUAUAGCAUUUCAAAUCGAUUUGAGUUCGAAAGUUCUGGAAUACUUGUAAACAUAGUAGCAGUAUAGGUAGUCAUCCAAUCAGGAAAGUGAAAUGUACCUUUUCACUUUGUAGAUAUUUCUGCCAAAACGUCUAAGUGAAUGCAGAUUGGAUAUGAUGCUUCCCAACGUCUUAAGCUGCCGUUUUGGCUUUUUUCGAUUAAUUUUAUCGGUCUCCUGAACAUCAUUACCACUAAACCUCUUAGUCAAUGAAGUCGGAUUGUAUAUCCAAGUUAAGAAACACUAUUCUCGGGUGUUGGAAUUAAUCCCUAUGUUCUAGAACCAGAUAAAGGAUGAUUAUUUGUUCUGAACAUUCACAUCCAAGUCAGAAACCAACCUGGUUUUCCCGCAUCUCUUACUGAAGAGCCUUAUUAAGCCUUGGAUGAUUUUGGUUGUUUUCACUUUAAAUACUAUAAAUUCUUGACAUUACGUUAAUGUGUUUGUGUCAGUUGAUAAUUGUUUUUAAUGAAGUAUUGGUAGACCCGGUUAGUGUACAUGAUGUUAAGAUUUCAUUUUAUUUUCUGAACCUAAAUGAGGGUCAUUUAAAACGUGUAAAUUAAUGUAAUUAUUGUCAAUUUGAAACAGAUCGCACAAGUAACUGAUAACUGGAGAUUUGUGGAAAUUUUAGUAUAUAUUUUAUAAUUACGAAACAGAGUCAGUAAUAAUAAUAAUAAUAAUAAUAAUAAUAAUAAUAAUAAUAAUAAUAAUAAUAAUAAUAAUUAGUCGUUCAUUUAUUAUUGAUGAAACAUGGUAA